AACACUGAUAUAAUUUGGUGCCUAGGUCUGCAUUCUCUAUUUGUGAAUGAUUGUGCUGAUUACGUACCAACUGUUUUUGACAAUUUCAGUGCAAAUGUGGUUGUGGAUGGAGACAGUCAAUCUAGGUUAAUGGGACACUAUGCUGGUCAGGAGGAUUACAAUAGAUUAAGACCUUUGAGUUAUCGUGGGGCAGAUGUAUUUCUUCUUGCAUUUUCUCUCAUUAGCAAGGCCAGUUACGAAAAUGUUGCAAAGAAGUGGAUUCCUGAACUGAGGCAUUAUGCACCAGGUGUUCCAAUAAUUCUUGUUGGAACAAAGCUUGUUGCUUAG